CUUGUGAAAAUGGAAAAAUCUGUAUAAUCCAGGCCAUGCAGCCCUGAUUCCCUGGAACGCCAAUAGCCUCAGGUGCUGCCCCUGCCAGGAUCAAGCCCUGGCCCUCUCAGAUUCAUGAUAUGAAUUGGAUCAAUUAGGAAUAUGUUACUGUUAAUGAGUUUAGAGAGGAGGAAUUAACAAUAUUGAAAUCACUGCACACAUAUAUACAUACAGUAUACACAUAUAUAGCCACAUACACAUGAGAAACUGCUGCCAAUGAGAAAUGUUAAUGUACUGAGGAUGCCAGUGUUCCUAUCUUAACUCCCUUCCAUCUUUGUUUUCCUUUCCACUCCCUUCCUGCCUCCUUCCAGAUCAGACAGUUGAAAGGACCGUCCCAGCGUUUCAAGGACCCAAUGCGGUCAUUCGAUGGGCUCCACAUGGUGGGCCAAGUGUCAGCAGGGGAGGGCGACUCUCUCAGCUCGGACGACGACCUGCUGCCCAGCCCCCUCCCACCAGGCGCCCUUUACCCCUCUGGCUACCCCUGUGGCCUGGGGGCUGAUGGGAAGGACAGCGAGGGCAGCACAGACAGUGAGGCGGACGAGCAAAACGCCGAAGAUGCUGGCUUGGCUGAGCAGGAGCUGUACACCCACAGGGGCUGUGCUGAUGCCCUGGAAAACUGAGGCCCUACAGAGGGAGAGAGGGGUCUCUAUCCUCCUGCCCCCCCUCUCUUCUAUCCUCCUGCCCCCCCCUCUCGCCCUCUCUGCCUCGGUCCCUCUCUCUCCCACCAUGCCUCGCUCAUUCCUCGUCCGCAGCAGGAAGGGAGGAUCUUACCCUGGUCUGAGGUUCAUGGGGGACAGUGACUGCAGAGCGGAGGAGCCUGGAGAACAGGGGCGAGCUCCCUACAGAGUCGUGAGCUGCGUGCAGGAGCUAAAGGGGAGCCCCUUGCUGAGGACCCCCCACAGCUGGGAGCCCCUGUACACACCCAGUGCCUUCCAGGAGCCGGCAGAGGCGCCGGCCUCGCCCCCGGGCCCCCAGACGGCCCUGCCCCACGCUGCCUCGCGCACGGAGCAGGGCUGUGGCCUGCCUCUGGCUGCAGAGGUGCAGUCUGCGCUGUCAGCCCCGCGCCCCCCCUGCCUGCCCUGGGCUCCUCUGCAAGAGAGUCCGGAGAGGGAGGGGGACCUGGAGAAACUCCUGCGCGCCCUGCUGAGCGAGAGCCGUGGGCAGGGCGAGAGCGGGGAGCCCCUGGGCUGCAAGCUGGCGCCCGGCCGGUGUCCCCUCUGUGGGAAGCUCUUCUCCUCCUCUCCUGGCCUGGAGACACACCUGCGCAGGUCACAUGUCAGCAGGCUGGCCCUCCCAUUGGCUGGCUACACCAAGGCUAGCAGCCAAUCGUAUGGCUUCAGGCCGGAACUGGGCAUCCAGUGCAGGGUCAAGGAGCGCAGUUUCAGCUGCAAGGUGUGCGGAAAGGUGUUCAAGCGCUCGUCCACGCUGUCCACUCAUCUGCUCAUCCACUCGGACACACGGCCCUACCCCUGCCAGUACUGUGGCAAGAGGUUCCACCAGAAAUCUGACAUGAAGAAGCACACCUUCAUACACACAGGUGAGAAGCCACAUGUGUGUCAGGUGUGUGGGAAGGCCUUCAGUCAGAGCUCCAACCUCAUUACUCACAGCCGCAAGCACAGUGGCUACAAGCCCUUCUCCUGCCCCUCCUGCUCCCGAGGCUUCCAGCGCAAGGUGGAUCUGCGGCGCCACCAGGAGGCCCACUGUGGGUACAGCAUGGCUAUCAACACCCAGAGCUGAAGUGGGUGAUGCCCACAGUGGGUCACGGGCCUGGCUUCACACACACACACACUCUUGUUGAGUGUCUUAGUUUCUGAGCUCCAUCUGGGCAGCUCAGAUGCCUCACUGUGUCUCCAUUCUACUGGACCAGAACCUCAGGGCCCAGGGCAACCGCCUUCAAAACACCUGUCCCACUGCGUUCAGCCUUUAAAGACUCACUCUGGACUGGGAGCCCAGCUGUGAUCUCUGGGCUGUAG